UUUCGCCAGUUAUCCCACCGCCACACUCCUUCAAGCGACUUGAACUUUGACCUUAUUCCCGUCUCGAAAGUUGUGUUAUUCUUUGUAUCAAACACUCCGCUCUCUAAUCUGCCGAACGGCGGCCUGGACGCCAUGAACAAUACCACUUCUUCCCCUACCUCCGUGCUUGCUACAAACACCUCUUCCCGAACAAAUUCUUCCGCAUCCACCGCAGGUACCAAACGCAAGCGCAAUGUAGUAGGGAAAUACUAUGCCGUCAAAGCGGGCUAUCAGCCGGGGGUUUACUACAGCUGGACCGAUUGCCUGACCCAGGUAACUGGGUACAAGGGAGCCGUUUUCCAGGCAUUUUCUUCUUUCGAUGAUGCGAAAGCCUUCCUCACGGGGGCCACCGUUGGCGCCGGUCGCGGCGGAAACAACUCAAGCUCCGAUCCCCCCAGAUAUUACGGCGUCCAGCGCGGGAGAGUGCCCGGGGUCUACACCGACUGGUCAAAGGCGCAGGAACAGAUCAAAGGGUUCACCAAGCCGCGGUACAAGAAAUUUGCGACCAGAGAGGAAGCCGAGGCAUUCGUAAACGAGGACCAAGGAAACAGCACCACUUUCGCAAAGGCCGCUAAGUUAUCGGGGGCGCCAGGUCUGACAGACGCGGUCCCGACGGAUGCGCAUGGCGUGGCUUAUGAGCCAGGAACCGGACCUUUACCUCCUGGGACCACGGACGGAUUUGAUCCGAAUGUGCUUCUGGAUCCCACCACUGGGAAAGUGAUCUAUAAAUCUGCGGAUCAGAAGGCUGCCACAAAGCUGAAGUCGAAUGGCCCUCCGGGGAUGUUGCGCAUCUACACCGACGGUAGUUCCCUCAAGAACGGGAGAGCGCUGGCUUCAGCGGGUGUGGGCGUAUAUUUCGGCCCAGGAGAUUCAAGGUUAGUGACUCACCAACAGAUCAUCUGUGUCCUUUCGAGCUCCCGGCCGCAACACGCUAAGAUCGCAAUGUUCCACUAACUCUUCAUCACUCAGCAGAAAUGUGUCCGAGCCUCUACAGGGUAGCCGUCAAACAAACCAACGAGCGGAAUUGACUGCAAUCCUUCGAGCUCUUGAAAUUGCUCCCCGCCAUCGGGACGUGACCAUCUUCACAGAUAGCCAGUAUUCCAUCAA